AUGCAGAAGUUAGUAGACUUCGGGCAAACAAUUGAAGAUAUGAAGGAUCGCCAUCAGGCAGAGUUGGGCGGAGUUGAAGGCAGAACCAACAAACUUUGCCAGUCUCAGCUUGACAAUAUUUCAUCUAUGUUACAGCGAUUCUCCCUCCUCAGAAUACCACGCGCCCCACUUCCAAGAUCAGUCGUCUGGUUACUUCCACGAUGGAGAACGCUGGGGGUUCUGCGAGAGUGGUUCGAGCGAGUAGACUCCAGCCACACCGGCAACAUCACCGCUCUUCAGCUUCAGCGCUGGCUGUUUGGAAACCUCAAUUUCCCUCUCUCCAUCGUUCAGCAGAUGAUCAGGAUGUACGACUUUGAUAGAAACGGGACCAUGAACUUUUUGAAGGUGAAAUUUCUCGCUCUUAACAAGUUUCUGCUCAAGGUUCAGAAUGUCUUCUCAGCGCUGGAAAGGGGCCGUGGAUUUCUCACUCUUGAUGAUGUCUAUGAGGCGCUGGUCAAACUCGGUUUCUCCCUUGACUCACCUGCCUUUUAUACAGUCUGUGAGAGCUUUGAUAAGAACAAGAUGGGAAUGGUUCGGUUGGACGAGUUCAUAUCAAUUUGUAUUUUUGCACAGUCAGCUCGUAAUUUGUUCAAUUCUUUCGAUACAACUAAGCGGGGAAGAGUGACAUUGGAUUUCAACCAGUUUGUUUACUGCACGGCAAACUGCAGGAUAUAGAAACUGCUGAUUGUCUUUGGCUCAGCAUCUGGCCGUGUUUCAAUACUGCAAACUCUCUUGUACAUUGAUCUUGUGUUGUGUGCCGUUCUUAUUGUAAAAUUAAAUUAUUAAGUGGAAAGUUUAGAUAUUUCUACAUUGUUAUAAAACCCCUGAUUCAUUCUUCGUCUGUUACAUUUGUAAAGUUGCUGAGUUAUGUAAACGCUAUGGAGUUAUGAUACAUGGUUGUAAAGAGGGGGCUUUACACA